ACUAACCAUUAACCCACCCAAAAUCGAAUCGAAUAUCGACUAUAAUAAAAAAUAAAUUAUUGAAUAAAUAUAUAGGAGCGUAGUUGUUGUCUGUGACACUUCUUCUAAAUAGAGGCUUUAACGCGUUGUUUGUAGCUUUAUAAAUUGCCUCAUUAUUUCAAACAAACAUAUUAAUUCUCCCACCCUUAAUUAUCAUUCAUCUUUUUGGGUUUCAAAAUGAAGAACAAGUACUAUGGCUCCAUUCUUCAGAGCGAAGCCCUCGCUAAGUAUAUUCUGGAAACAAGUGCUUUUCCCAGAGAGCACGAACAGCUCAAAGAGAUCAGGACAGCUACCGUUGACAAGUAUAAAUUUUGGAGUCUAAUGAAUGUGCCUGCCGAUGAAGGCCAGUUUAUUUCUAUGCUCUUGAAAACUAUGAAUGCCAAAAAGACAUUAGAAGUUGGAGUUUUUACCGGUUACUCACUUCUCACCACUGCUCUUGCUCUUCCCGACGAUGGUCGGAUAAUCGCAAUCGACCCGGAUAGGGAAGCGUACGAAGUCGGAUUGCCAUUUAUUGAGAAGGCAAACAUGACUCACAAAAUCCAGUUCAUCCAGUCUGAUGCUAUGACUGUCAUCAAGGACCUCCUCUCCAAGGGUGAAGAAGGGACAUUUGAUUAUGCAUUUGUUGAUGCGGACAAAGAGAACUACAUCAACUACCACGAACAACUGCUGAAGCUGGUUAAGGUGGGAGGAAUUAUAGCCUACGACAACACGCUGUGGUCCGGCACGGUGGUGGCGGCGGAGGAUGCCGAGAUGGACCAGUUCUUGAGGGGCUGCAGAGGACAUAUCCUUACUCUCAACUCCUUUCUCGCCGCCGAUUCCCGCAUCGAAUUGGCCCAACUUUCCAUCGGAGAUGGCCUCACUUUGUGCAGGCGUCUCACCUGAUUAUUUUCAAUAAUUAAACCAUUUGCUGUCUGUCAUUUUGUAUUGUUCUACACUCAACUUUCAUUUCUUUGCAAGUUUUACCAAUGUAAUUUGUUUACAUAACUUCUUUGAUAUAUUUUCCUUAUGUUUAAUUUUAUUUUAUUUUUAUGUUC